AGCGUCUCCUGACCUUCGGCCGAGGGGCCGCGAUGGCGCCGGAGAGCGGGGAGGCGGUCAGCGGGGCCCAGCUCAUCGCCGAGUCCCUCAAGGCUCAAGUAAGGGCGAGGCGAGGGGGGCGGCCUACGGCGAGCGCGCAGGGACAGUGCCCGCCGGCCGCGAAGAGCGGAGAAGGGGGAAAAGGGCUUGUUCCGUGGCUUCGUGGGAAGGAAAGGGGUCCCGCCGCACCGGGUCCCAGUGAGGGCGUGAGGCUGUCUCUGUCCGUCACUUAAGAGUCAUAGAAUCAUAGAAUCGUUUGGUUGGAAAAGACUAUCGAGUCCAGCUGUACCUGUGCAUCACUAAAGCACGUCCCUACGCACCCAUUUUCCCGUCUUUUAAACACUUCCAGGAAUGGUGACUGAACCACCUCCCUGGGCAGCCUAUGCCAGCGCCUGAGAACCCUUUCAGUGAAGAAGCUUUUCCUAAUGUCCGAUCUGAACCUCCCCUGGCACAGUUUGAGCUCAUUCCCUCUAAAUCCUAUCCCCUAUCGCCUGGGAGAAGAGACCAACACCCGUCUCGCUACAGCCUCCUUUCAGGUUGUUGUAAAGAGAGCAAUAAGGUCUCCCCUCAUCCUCCUUUUCUCUAGGCUAAACAACCCCAGUUGCCUCAGCCGCACCUCAUAAGGUUUGUUCUCCAGCCCCUGGUGGCCUUUUUGGUAUUAGUUUUCUGCAAAAGUGUAGGAACAUGAGACACCAGGAGGAAUUUUCAGAGGAGGCAAAAUUGACAUGAUGAGAAACAAUGAUGGAGCAGAGUGGUCACAGAAUAUUAAAUAUAUGUUUGGCAUUGUUGGUAUUCCAGUCACUGAAAUCGCAAUUGCAGCACAAGCAGUUGGAAUAAAAUAUGUAGGAAUGAGAAAUGAACAAGCUGCGUGUUAUGCUGCAUCUGCUGUUGGAUAUUUGACUGGCAGACCAGGAGUAUGUCUUGUGGUGUCCGGUCCAGGUUUUUUACAUGCCCUUGGUGGGAUGGCAAAUGCAACCAUCAACUGCUGGCCCCUGAUUGUUAUUGGAGGCUCUUCUGACAGAAAUCAGGAAACCAUGGGAGCUUUCCAAGAAUUUCCGCAGGUUGAAGCUGGGAGGCUGUACAACAAACUGUCUGUCCGCCCAAGCAGCCUGGAAGUUAUUCCUGCUGUUAUUGAAAAGGCUGUAAGAACCAGCAUAUACGGUCGUCCAGGUUCCUGCUAUAUCGACAUACCUGGGGAUUUUGUGAAUCUUCAGGUGAAUAAGAGCUCUGUCAAGUGGGUAGAAUGCUGCCUGCCACCUCCCAUAAGCGCAGCUGAAUGUUCUGCUGUGUCUGAAGCAGUGUCUGUCAUUGCUCAUUCCAAGCAGCCUCUGCUGAUCAUUGGCAAAGGUGCUGCUUAUUCCCGUGCUGAAAACAACAUCAGAAAGCUGGUGGACCUUUGUGGACUGCCUUUUUUGCCUACACCAAUGGCAAAAGGAGUAGUUCCCGAUAACCAUCCAAACUGUGUAGCUGCAGCAAGAUCAACGGCACUGCAGCAUGCUGAUGUAAUCAUCUUGCUUGGUGCAAGGUUGAAUUGGAUUUUGCAUUUUGGACUUCCACCAAGAUUUCAACAAGAUGUAAAGGUUAUUCAGAUCGAUAUUUGUGCCGAAGAGCUGGGAAAUAAUGUGAGGCCAGCUGCAAUUUUAUUAGGUGACAUAAACACAGUGACUAAGCAGCUCUUAGAAGAAUUCAGCAGAAGACCAUUGAAAUAUCCUUCUAAUUCACAGUGGUGGAAGAGGCUAAGAGAGAAAAUAAAUUAUAAUGAAGAAAGAUCAAAGGGAUUGGCAUUACAGAAAUCUCUGCCUAUGAAUUAUUACACAGUCUUUCAUCACAUCAGAGAACUGAUACCAAAGGACUGCAUCUUAGUAAGUGAGGGAGCAAACACCAUGGACAUUGGACGAACUAUGCUUCCAAAUUACUAUCCCCGUCAAAGGCUUGAUGCAGGUACUUUUGGAACAAUGGGAGUUGGACUCGGUUUUGCUAUAGCAGCUGCAAUGGUAGCUAAAGACCAAACACCUGAAAAGCGAGUCAUCUGCAUAGAGGGAGAUAGUGCUUUCGGUUUUUCUGGGAUGGAGGUGGAGACUAUUUGCAGAUACAACUUGCCAAUCCUGAUUAUCAUAGUAAACAACAAUGGGAUUUACACUGGUUUGGAUGCAGAUGCCUGGAAGGAGAUGUUAAAGUUUGGAGAUCCUGCUACAUGUGUGCCUCCCGUUUCUCUCCUCCCAAAUUCACACUAUGAGGAAAUUAUGUCUGCCUUUGGAGGUAAAGGAUACUUUGUUAAAACGCCAGAAGAACUGCAGAAUGCUCUGAAAGCAAGCCUCGCUGACAAGCAAACACCUUGUCUUAUAAACGUAAUGAUUGAUCCACAGUCUGAGAGAAAGAAACAGGAAUUUCCCUGGCUGACUCGUUCUAACUUGUAGUAGAAGAUGAAGAUAAUGGUGGUGCAAGGCAGUGUGUUAAGAAAAACUAAAUUGGUUUCCAGAAGUGGAACUGGAACAACUCUCUUUUACAUAAGCAUCGGAACAAACAGGGAUUUAAGAACUGCUAUUAGAGGAAUCAUUAAAUGCUGAAAUUAAGUAAUUGUACAGUGAACAAGACACGUGAAUGUAUACGUCGCCUUCUAGCGGAUUCUACAGAAACACUGAUGAUAAAAUCACAUACUUUUUCUGUUACUCAGUCAUACACAUAAUAAUUAGUGAGUUAAAAUCUUGAAUGUUUUGGAUGAAGGAAGCGAGCUGAGGGUUUUAUACUGACAGAAACAGAAGUCUUUCAGGGUCUGCAGUUAUAGUAACUUCAUUUUUAACUGACCACCAGCAUGCUACUUCUUAAAGACCUUGUCCUGUGAGGACCAAAACAAAGCAUCUUGUGAAAAAGUGCUGAUUGGCCUCAUUAUGCAUUGAAUCCCAUUGGGUUGAUAGUCACUUGGUAAUUUUACAGGUUGCUUUUUCAACUUCUAUUCAGGUAGAAGUAGCGUAUUAAACAUGCAGACUUACACAAGGCCUAAGUUUCUAUUGCAUUUGGUUUUGUUACCUGAGACUUACAGUGCUUUCAGGAAAAAAAAUCUUAUAUUAUUUUUGGUUUGCUCUUUGAAAAGGCAAUAUCAUCCCUGUAGGCUAAAAACAAGACUAGGUUUAUUAGAGAGAUUUCUACAGUUAACAAAUCAUAGAUCUUUCAAAUCAGAAGCAUUUAAAAAAAAAAAAAAACAAAAACAACAAAAGAACAAAAAAUUGACCAAAACAGACGAUCAAAAAAGUGUUAGGCUGGAGCUUAAUGUUCAGUUUGGCUGGCAUCACAAGACAACCACCAGUGUUCAUGCAGAAUUGUGCAACAUAGUUUCUUCCUAUCAAAUGUACUUGCUGUAUAGGAACUUGGUGCCCAGCUUGCUCUGGCUGUAAUGCAGGGCUAACAUUUAAAGCAGGUCAUGGGCCUGCCUGAAGUUCUGUCUACUCUGUUUCCAUCUGUUGUUGUAUCUGACAAUCUGACUUAGAGCUCAGACUUCAAAAAGGAAGUAAUUCUUUCUCUAUGCUUGUGCCGGGGCCUACAGCAACUACUAUUCAGUAUACUGCGAAGCAGGUUACUUUAUAUUUACAUCUGUUCUUAAAUGCACUGGGAGGAUCCUUAUCUAAAAAGGAAAAUUCCAUUGUCGUUCCGUUGUCACUCUUUUGACCCAAGGAAGAGGAGGAUUAGGUUCGCAGGGGCUUCGCCUACGGUUAGGUUUGUUGAAAAAGCUUGCAUUAUUAGUUUCUUCACUUCAGUUCAGGUCUGGCACGUGGGCAUGGAUUACUGUUAGGCAGAGGAAUGUCUCUGCGCACUCGUGUCUGACACGAGCAAGAGUACUGCAGUCUGGCAAGAGGUACAGCUGCUUGUAACGUGUGUGGGAAUAGACACAUGGCAGUAGGAGUGCUGGGGUCAAGAAGGGUAACGUCCUUAGGAGGGCUAAGACGAGCAAAACGAUAAAAUGGAUAGAAUGGAUACAAUUCGUGAAGGAGUGUGAGGCUGCUGAGAGAGCAAAGGUGUUGUGUUCUCUGGGGUGCUCUGCAAGGCAUGUGGGACAAGGCUGGAGCCUCUAACCAGUUUUGUUUCACUCUUCUUUUUGACUCUCAAAAAAUGAUUUUAAUAUGUUGUAGUAAUUACAAUUCAUUAUGAUGAUGUAAAAUAUCUAUAAGAAUUAUUGCCGGUACUGACCGCAGAGGAGGCCAUUUGCAUUGGGUAAGCAAAUGCAGAAAUUCUUGCUUUAUAUUUGAAAGUUAAUAAAAAGUGAUUUUCAUGCU